AUGACCUGGACACGACUCGCCGCCGUCGGCCACGGCUCCUCCGCCACCGUCUACCUCGCCUCCGCCGCCCCUUCCGGAGACGUUUUUGCUGUCAAGUCCGCCGAGCUUCCCGAAUCGGAGUUCUUGAAAACAGAGCAGAGGAUUCUUUCUUCUUUGUCCCACCCUUCCAUUGUGAGCUACAGGGGAUUCGAUGUAACGAGAGAGAAUGGGAAGCUGAUGUAUAAUCUCUUCAUGGAGUACGCCACCGGCGGCACACUCGCCGACGAAAUUCUCCGGUGCGACGGCUGGAUUAAAGAGACGGCGGCGGGAUUCUACACGCGUCAAAUUGUGAAAGGAUUGGAGUAUUUGCACAAAAGGGGUUUGGUGCAUUGCGAUAUUAAAGCUAAGAAUAUUUUAAUCGGGGAAGAUGGUUUGAAGAUUACGGAUUUCGGAUGCUCGAAAUGGGUUAAUGAACCGGCGGCUAUCGGUGGAACGCCCAUGUUCAUGGCGCCGGAAGUAGCACGUGGGGAAAAACAGGGGAUUUCCUCUGACAUUUGGUCACUUGGGUGUACUUUAAUCGAAAUGGUCAAUGGUGCUCCACCGUGGCCAACCGACGGCGACCCAGUUUCAGUGCUGUACCGGAUAGGAUAUUCCGGCGAGUCGCCGGAAAUUCCAAGCUUUCUAUCGGAGAAAGCGAAGGAUUUUCUGGGAAAAUGCUUGAGAAGAAACCCAACAGAACGCUGGAGCGCGAGCCAGCUUCUUGAACAUCCAUUUUUAGAGGACACGAAUUCUGAGUGGUUCGAGGAAUCCAAGGAAUUAGAUUCAAAUUCUCCGACAAGUAUCUUGGAUCAAGGCGUUUGGAAUUCCCAAAGUGAGCUGAAAACAGAGGAAUGGGACGACGACAGAAUCAGACGGCUGUCGAUGUUCCGGUGGGAAAUCAAGUGGGAAUCGGACGGUGAGAAUUGGAUGACGAUCAGAGGAAGGUGCGUGGACGGUGAAGAUGAGGCGGAAUCCAUUAGUGGGCAAACCAAAAGCUUGGAAUUGUUUGAUAGAACAGUUAGGUUUAGAGUAAGUGAUGAUGUAAUUAGUGAUCUUGUUUCAUUAAUUAGUUGAGUUUGGUAGAUUUUGAGGAA